AUGUAUCGUUUGUUUAUUUACUCUACUCUUAUCUCGACGGUCUUUGGCGGAAUGUUUCAGAUCAUUGACCAUAAUAAUCAAUGUUUUGUGUAUUCUACGGGGAACUUCGACUGCACCGGGAUCUCGGAGUCGUUUGCGCCUCUUGAUGGCAUAUCAUGUUCCACCAUACUAUGUGACUCUGAUCAGGGUACCGCAUGGGUUGAGGUACAUCGAAGCGGCUUGAUCAACUUCCAUAAUGAAGAAGGGGAUGCGGUAAGUUGCAAGGUCGCGGAUCCCCUGGUUAAGGGAAGCUUGUGUACCGCCAGCAAUAAAGCAAGGACUUCGACGAAAGACAUUGAAUCCCAACUGACUUCUUUGUCUACCACAACCAUCCAUGUGUCAGUGACAGCGCCAUCGGCGGCCCCGACUACUCCCUCGGGCCCGAACAGCUCUUUGAACACGACAGAUUGCUGA